GAUUUUCCGCGAUUAAAAGCUUCUCGAAGCGCGGCAAUAAGCAUUUUUUUUUCGCAGCCUCGAUUUGAAUUUAUCUUCUUUCAAAAAUUUGCAUUUAGAUUGAUUCCAUAUCCAUUUUCAUCUCUCUUCUUGUACUUCCUAAGUUCAGGAGAACUAUUACGUGUUAAAAACAAGCUAAAAAAUAGAAAAAAAAAUGGGCGACGAACGUUUCGAUCAGUUGUUCCUCACGAUUGCCCAGCAAGCUGGGUCAAUCGACUCGAUUUUUGAUGCCUUCUUCGGUUUCCUAGGUCGCAAGACCGACUUUUACGUCGGUGCGGAUCGGGCGACGGGCAUGAAGAAAGUCUCUGCCGCGUUCGACAAACAUUAUAGUGCAGCAGCUAAGAUUCAGAAGGAGAAAGAGGACCGCAGUAGGAAAUUGGACGAAGCGAGAAAGAAAAGAGCCGCAGAACAGAAGAAGAAAGACGAGGAAGAAUUCGCGGAGAAAGCGAGGAAGACAUUAUGAGAUGGCAGAAGAUCACUUCUUUCUUGAUAUAUAACGUGCUUAAGUAGCGAGUCGCUUCGUGUAUCUGUAUAUAUAACGUGAUUAAGUACACUCACCACGAGGCGUAGUUCUAGUUGAGUACUUAUAUAAUGAGUCAUAUCUCCAUAAAGAAAGAGCCGGCUUGUUUUCCUUUUUCCACUUUUAGGCUAUCCCUUCAUGCUAUAAGUAAGUAUAUAUAAGUCAUAUCUGCAUAAUCAUCAUCAAGCACGAUAAGCUAGGAAGUGCUAGUCUAAUAGAAGACGGCAAAGAGGAAGCCGUUGUUAUCGAAGAAGUCGCGGACGACGCCCCAGUCGGCAUUGUGAAGGAAGAAAGACUCUUGCCAGCCGAAGAUGCCAGUACUAAUGCAGGAAGCCCUGACCCCAAGGGCGGCGAAGAAGUAGAAGCUGCAGCGGAAGAGGAGGAAGAUAAGGGGCCAGCACCGAUAGGAAACGGAGGAAGUACGUCGCUGUAUUCUUGGACCCAGACGCUGGGCACAGCGGAUAUGUACGUGCCAGUACGACCAGGAGUGAAAUCAAAAGACUUGGCGGUUGUGAUCAAACAGGUACUCACGAUGACUAGUACCACUUGGUAAAUUAUAAAAGUAAUACAACACACAACAACUGUACAAUGACUGCUACUGGCAAUGACUACUACCUGGUAAAUCAAAGUAAUAAAGAUCAUUUUGAUCAAUCUUGUGGAGAGUUUACUCGUUGAUUCUCUAUUCUCACAGUUUUGGACCAAGAACUUCACUUCUUCUCAUCUUGCAUCGACAUCCUUUCCAAAGAUGUCAUCCCGUCUUCACCCAUCACCCACUCAAAAUGCAGGACAAGUUAAAAAUCGGUUACAAGAACGGGGAAACUAUUCUCGAUGGAUCUCUAUAUGGCAGUGUAAAAGUCGACGAUUGCACAUGGCUCUUGUUGGAUGGAAAGACGAUUCAUAUUUCCUUCGAAAAAGUGGACCAGAUGAAGUGGUGGGCGACUAUUGUGAAAGGUACUUUUCAAUACACUGAUCUACUCUUCUUGCAACGAGAUUUUUACUCGUAUUGUUUGUUUAUUGCUCACAUACACAUAGUACUGUGAGAAACAUCAAGUGAUCACUUAUAUUAGGAUACACAACUACAUGAACAUCAUUCGUCUACGCUACACGACAGACUUGCUCAGAAGAGAGUACUAUUGAACCUCCCACAAAAAUGUUAUUGUUCCCCAUGAACAGGCGACGAAGAGAUCGACACUAAGAAGAUAGUUCCCGAAAAUUCCAAAUUGAGCGAUCUUGAUGGCGAGACUCGACAGACUGUCGAGAAAAUGAUGUAUGACCAGCGACAGAAGCAAAUGGGCCUGCCGACCAGUGACCAGGCCAAACAACACGACUUGCUGGAGAAGUUCAAACAAGCGCAUCCGGAGAUGGACUUCUCGAAAUGCAAGGUAAACUACGGAGGAAACGAUGGGGGAUUUAACUUUGGUGGGUAAGUACUAGAGUAAGGCGGCUUGGACUUCUUAGAGAAGGAAGUAGUUGAAGGAAGCAGAUCAUGAUAAGUCCAGUUCAUAGUGGUGACUACGGCUGUCAGAUUCAGUAGAUGGGUCUAAGGAUUCUCUCAAAGAUUUCGUUGAAAACUCUCGCAUGAAGACCUUGCGUCGUAGUACUAGACAAACGUGUGCCGUAGUUGUACCCGACUACGAACUACACGAUGACUAAAACAUGCCCCUCCACGAGAUCGAGUCCUGACGACACAAAAAACAUUUCUUGAUCUUACUUAUAUCCACCAAAAAUGUCAAAAUCGACAAACCGUAAACAACCCUGCUCCCAAUUAAAAUUACAUUCACACGACAUCAAGACCCCGCUCAUUUUGACGAAGACUUUCAAUCAAUACCCGUGCAGUUUAGACAUGUUUGCAGCGACCAAACUGCGGUCGCGUGCCUGAGUGUCGUGAAACCCUUAUUCAAAGGCAUUCAAUCUGAUGAAGAGAGGUUAGAGGAACUUGGAUUUGUUGAUAUUAUCAUGCAAAUGCAAUUAUAGAUUUUUACUAAGUACUCACGAGUCACGACUACUCGUCUUG